UUUUCACUUUGUUUUCGAACGUAAGUUCAUUGCACUUGUUACAGUGUUGCUUCUCUUUCAUGGCUUAUCUUUGGGAUAUUUUCAGGUGAGUUCAGCCUCCUUUUCUAGGGUUUAUCUAGGUUUUGUAACUCAAAGUCGUCACUGUUUCAGUUGAAGUUAACCCCGCAGGAUUACCAGCUCAACCUGUUACUCUAUUUCCAUUAUCGGUUCAUACCAAUCUCUCUCUCUGUAUAAUGAUCGUUUAUUCCACACAUUCAAUUAAGGAUUGUGAGACCCAGCAGACAUUUUCAUUUGGUUCUUUUUUUCCGUCAAUUUGAGGUUUCGAGAUGCAGAAUUUCUCGAAUAACACAGCGAACAUUCUGAAUUUUGAUUCAAAACAUUCUGCAGUUUCUGGUAUUAAAGUUCCUCAGGUUAAUGGAGUUGAAUAUAACAAGUAUAGUAAGGAAAAUAUGGAGAAAAGUUCCAUUAAAACCAUGAACUCAGAGCUGACAAAACCGGUCAGAAUUAGCAAGAGCCAAAAGUGCAAGAGCACUGUCUCUCUUGAACGUAGUGGGAAAAGUAACAUGGUUUCCUCUGAAAAUGGAAGAAUUAAGAGCUCAAAUAGAGGGAAAUCUUAUGGUGGAUGUAUCCCUUCGAUAUUGCAAGCUUUAGAAACAGUUCAGAAUUUGGAUGAUGCAUUAAAUCCAUGGGAAGAUAGUCUUAGUAGAAAAGAAAGGAGCAUAAUUCUCAAAGAGCAAACAAAUUGGGCAAGAGCUCUUGAAAUCUUUCAAUGGUUUAAGAAAAAGGGUUGCUAUGAAUUGAACGUGAUUCAUUACAACAUAAUGCUGAGGAUUCUUGGGAAAUCCCGGAGAUGGGGUGAGCUAAGAAUGCUUUGGGAUGAGAUGGGUUGUGCAAAAAUAGUACCCACAAAUGCUACUUAUGGGACUUUGAUCAACGCAUACAGUAAAGCUGGCCUGAAAGAAGAAGCUCUUCUAUGGUUAGAAGAGAUGAAAAAGCAAGGCCUGCAACCUGAUGAAGUCACUCUGGGUACAGUCGUUCAGACUUUUAAGAAGGCAGGCGAGUUUGCAAGGGCCGAUAAAUUCUUCAAACGAUGGUCAUCGGGGGAAGUUUUCAUGGAAAAUACCGAGAGUAAUAGCGAAUCUCAAGUCGGGUCUUGUGAAGUUCUUGAGAUUAAUGGAGAUUUGAAGGAUAACACAGUUAUCGAAAGAGAGAAACAGGAAAACAGAAGAAGAUCUUCCGUCUUUCAGAAAUGUUCCAGUUCUUAUACUUACAACACUUUGAUUGACACAUAUGGUAAAGCGGGUCAGCUUCAAGAGGCUUCAAACACAUUUAAUCAGAUGCUGAGAGAAGGGAUAAUCCCAACCACGGUAACUUUCAAUACCAUGAUUCACAUAUGUGGAAAUUAUGGCCAUUUAGAGGAAUCAGAUGCUCUUCUCCUAAAGAUGGAAGAGCUCCGCUGCUCACCUGACACAAGAACAUAUAAUAUUCUUAUAUCACUUCAUGCAAGGAAUGAUAACAUCAAUGCGGCAGCCAGGUACUUCUUGAAGAUGAAAGCAGCUGGUCUGAAACCUGACCUUGUGAGCUAUAGAACCCUUGUUUAUGCAUUUUCUAUAAGGCAGAUGGUUGGAGAGGUGGAAUCUCUUCUGUCAGAGAUCGACAAAGAGGGUCUUCAUAUUGAUGAGUACACUCAAUCAGCGGUGACUAGAAUGUAUGUAGACAUUGGGAUGAUCGAGAAAGCUUUGUCUUGGUUUGAGAAGUCUCAUAGAAGUGGAGAGCUGAGUUCUGAAUGUUAUUCUGCAAAUAUUGAUGCAUUUGGGGAACAUGGUUAUUGGAAGGAAGCUGAAAAAGUUUUUGAGUGCUCUAUCCGUAGGCCCAAAUUGAGUGUACUGGAGUUCAAUGUGAUGAUCAAGGCCUAUGGGAAUGGUAAAAUGUACGAUAAGGCUUGUGACCUAAUUGAUUUAAUGGAGGAUCGAGGAGUUUUCCCUGACAAAUGUACUUAUAAUUCCCUUGUUCAGAUCCUAUCAUGUGCUGAGUUGCCAGAUAAGGCAAUAUAUUUUGUUCGAAAAAUGCAAAAGGCGGGAUUCGUGAAUGACUGUGUCCCCUAUUGUGCAGUUAUCUCUAGCUUCGCCAGGGUUGGAAAGACAGAAAAUGCAGAGGACAUGUACAAGGAGAUGGUUGGAUUUGGGGUGCAGCCAGAUGUUAUUGUAUUUGGAACACUCGUUAAUGCCUUUGCUGAACUUGGGUGCGUCAAGGAAGCUACUUAUUAUUUUGAUUCCAUGAAAAGUGCCGGUUUCUCUGGCAAUUAUGUGAUAUAUAACUCUUUGAUCAAGCUCUAUACUAAGGUCAGAUAUCUACAUGAAGCCCAAGAAAUUUUCAAAUUGCAAAAGUUAUCAGACGAAGGUCCCGAUACAUACUCUUCAAAUUGUAUGAUUGAUCUUUACAGUGAACAACUUAUGGUCAGCCAGGCCGAAGAGAUUUACCAGUCUUUGAAGCUUAAAGGAGAGGCCAAUGAGUUCUCCUAUGCUAUGAUGUUGUGUUUAUACAAGAAGAUAGGGAGGUUUGGAGAUGCAGUUUGUAUUGCUCGAGAGAUGCAUGGAUUAGGAUUACUUACUGAUAGACUGAGCUAUAACAAUGUAAUUGGGUUGUAUGCUUCAGAUGGGAGUUUGAGAGAAGCUGUUGAGACAUUCAAUCACAUGAUAAAAUCAGGCAUCGAGCCUGAUUAUUUUACAUUUAAGUCACUAGGUAUGGUUUUGAUUAAAGGGGGUGCUUCAAAGGAGGCUGUUAAUAACCUGAACUCAGCAUGGAGGAAGAAUCCUCAAGAAAGCAUCCAUUCAUGGAUGGCAACCCUUUGUUAUUUGGUUGGGAUGUAUGAUGAAGCUCUAAAGUCACAGGAGAAACAGAAAUGCCUUUUUGUAUCUGUCUAGUCUGACUAUAUAUAAUGAGGCCUGUAUUCAUUUGGCUCCCACAUGUACUGAUGUAGCUUACAAAAAUGUGCAUGGCUUGAUGCA